AUGUCGAACUGUGAUAAAAAUCCCGAGGAGGAUCUCAGACAGAUCUUGAAGGUGAACAGGACCGAGAUUUCAAUGGCCAUUGAUGAUCUCUUCCCAUUUCUACAUGGACUGGUGGAUCAUGAUGUCAUCACCGAGCAAAUAUUCAAGGAAACAUUACAGCUGAAGGAACAGAAGGGUAGCAACAAGGCUGUGUACACUGUCCUCACAUGGAUUCUGGAGAAGAACAAUGGAUCCAUUAGUGAGUUCUGGAAGAAUCUUUUCAAAGACUAUAAUCUGGAGCGGUACCCCAAACUCCAGCCUGUUUACCACAGCUUUCCAAAAGACUUAGAUCUAAAUAAACUGAGACGAGGAAGGAAAACCCCCAGAAUGUCUCCCAAUCAGAUAACAACGAGGCCUCCGCUAAAACGGAAAUCUCCCGAGGAGUCACCAGCUAAUGCAGCUGGCAUGAAUACAAAAUGUGGCAAUAACAAGGAGACACCAGGAUCACAACCAGUUCAAAAAGAUAACAAUCAUGCAACUAAUGAGCUUUCUGCCUCGAGUGCUAACCUCAAAGGGAUUCUCAUCAAGCAAGUCUUAGAAUCAGGAAUUUCCAAAAAGGGAAUUAAGGGUGCCGGAGAAACACAUGUUCUCAAUAAGUCUGAGGAUCCAGGAGGGAAGAGUCGGAGUAAGACCUGGAAGUUGGCCACUCGCUGCAAAGGUUUACCCCUGGCACAGAAGAACGAUGAUGAGUGUGCAGUGUGCAGAGAUGGAGGUGAACUGAUCUGCUGUGAUGGCUGUCCAAGGGCCUUUCAUUUAGGCUGCCUUGUACCUCCCCUCAGAGAAAUACCCAAUGGUACCUGGAGAUGUUUAUCCUGCACUAACAAAGCUGGUGACAGCCGAGCUCCAUUAUCCUCAGCACCUGAGAAGAACCAGCAAUCACAGAGCACAGCAGGAGUCCAAGUAGUCUUGUAUCAGCAGAAAUUGGUGGGAGAGUUGGAGCAGCUGCUGAGAUCAUCACCAUUUACCAACAGAGAACAUCCUCCUAGCAUUGGACUACAAUCCACAGCAGUAACCACAGCACCAUCUUCAACAUCCUCUUCAGCUUCCUCUUCAGCCAAUCUUACUGCCAAUCAGAAACAGCGGGUGCUGCUGCAGACCCACGAAAAUCAACCCCUGAACCCCAGCUGUGGCGUGUGCAAAGUGGGUGGAGACCUGAAACGCUGCACCCAAUGCCAAGGAGCCUUCCACUCCCACUGCCAUUUCCCUGCUAGCCCUGAGAAUAUGAGGACAGGGAGAUGUAUCUCCUGUACAAACACAACUGUGCUGAACACACCUACUGAGUUUGAAGCACCACUGAAAGCCCCAACCACACAAACAGCUGUUGAACACGAAGUAGAAGCAGAUUCAUUUAUUAAUGAGCAGCUCUUCAACAAGGAAGAGUUUGACUCAAUUCUCCGAGAGAGCUCGAUCGAUGGCAUUUUGCAGUGGGCUUUGCAAAACAUUCCCCGGCCUGUGUCUGAGAGCCCUGGCCUUAAUCAUUAAUGGAGGUCUUCUUCUGUGGAGAAGCUGAUCUAAUCUGAAUAGAAAGGUGCGCUGUGCAAAAUCCUGCAGGUUUAGGGCUAACAGUGGGGAAGCAGCAACUGGUGACUAGAUGUAGAUUCUUCGAAGUCAAUGUAUGCUCCUCCCAAAAUCUUGAACACCAAAGACAACUGAAGAGGUUAAUCCUGAAGGAGCAAAAGAUGGUCGGGCCAAAUGGUGGAAAGAUAGCCACUUACUUUGAUUUCUUCCUCAAGACAAUUCAUUGUGAACGUGUCACUGGGUAACAGUGAUCAUAACAGGAUUGAAUUUUACAUUCAGUUUGAGGAAGAGAGAAUGGAUCCAAUACUGGCAUUUUAACCUCAAAUGAGGGAAACCAUGAGGACACAAAAGCAGAGCUACCUAAAGUAAAUUUAAAAUUAGGUUAAGGGUAUGAUCAGUAGAGAUACUUAAGGGUAUCUCAGAAUACACAGGAUAGUUACAUUCCAAUGAGAAAAAUGGGGGGAUGUACUAUCCAAGGUUGACAAAAACAAUUAAAGACAGAAUUAAACUCAAAAAAGGGCAUCUAAUUGCUCAAAGAUAAAUGACAGGCACAAAUAAUUGGACAUAAAAUAAAAUAACAUCAAAAAAUGAUUAGAAAAUUCAUGAGGAAAGAAAAACUAGACUGUGAGAAAACGUUAUCUGGAAAUAUUUUAUAAAAACAGGUAGUAAGAAUUUCUAUAGACAUUUUAAAAAGAGUGAAUAAACUGAAUGUGAACCCUCUAGAAAGUGAUUCUGGAUAUUUAAUAAAUGAAAAUAGGGAGGUGAUAGAUACAUUUGAUAGAAAUUUUGCACCUGUCUUCAUGUCGAGGAUAGAAGUAACUUCUCAGAAAUAGCUGUCAAACAGCAAAUGUAAAGAAGGGUCAAUAAAAUUGUUAUCAUCCAGAAGGUGUAGUGAGUAAGUUGUGGUUAACACGUCAACGGGACCUUGUGGAUUUCAUCUUAUGAACUUAAAAGAAGUGGCUAAUGAGAAAUUUGAUGCAUUGCUUUUAAUUUUCCAAAAUUCCUAGAUCUGGAAAAGGUUCCUUUCAUUGGGAAAGAGAAAAGGGAAAGAGACAGAAUGCAAAAUCUACAGGCAGUUAGCUUGACAUCUGUCAUAGGGAAGAUGUUAGAAGCUAUUACUAAAGAUAUGACAGCAGGGCGCUUAGAAAAAUUCAAGGUACUUAGGCUUACACAAAAUAGUUUUGUGCAAGGGGAUAUCAUGUGUAACUAAUUUAUUGGUGUUUUUGAGGACUUAACAUGUGCUUGGAUAAAGGGAAAGGUGGACUUUAAUUAAAUUUCCAGAAGGCAUUUCAGAUGAGGCCAUUGCAAACCUUGUUUCAGAAAAUAAAAGCUCAUGGUAUGGGAAUAAUGUA